AUGGUGCUGUUGGGGCCAUCGGUCAACUCCAUAAGGCAGUUGCUGGCACUAUGUGAGGGUUACGCUGCGCAGCGUGGUCUCAGGUAUAACGCUACCAAAAGCGAGCUGGUAGUGUUCAAGGCCCGUAAAUACAACCGGGAAGCUGUCCCUGAGAUCACGCUGGGUGGGAUACCCCUAAAAGUAGUUGAGAGGGUUAAAUAUCUUGGUCAUAUGCUCACCAGUGACCUGAGCGAUGACCCGGAUCUGGAGAGGGAGAGGAGAGCGAUGGCUGUGCGGGGCAAUAUGAUCGCCCGCAGAUUCGCACGCUGUAGUAACGAAGUCAAACUGACGCUUUUCAAGGCCUACUGUCAGACGUUCUACACGUGUAGUCUGUGGGUGAAAUUUACACAGAGAGCCUACAACGCAAUUCGCGUGCAAUACAACAACAUCCUCAGAAUGUUGUUGCGGCUGCCGAGACAUUGCAGUGCAUCCAGAAUGUUUGCUGAGGCGCGUACAGAUGACUUUUUCGCCGUCAGGAGAAAAAGAGUUGGAUCACUGCUAAGUCGUAUGCGGGGCAGCAGCAACGGCCUUCUGAGGGCGUUGGCUGAGCGUCUCGACUCUCCUCUCACUCGCUACUGGGUGGAAGUGGCGAUUGGCAGGGCCAAGUGUGCCGCUUUAUUACUUUUUACAUUUCGUUCAGCUUGCUACGGCCAGACAGAGAAUUUCACAACCCAAGCCCCAUACCCCAUCUACCUUCCCCUCCGCUGCUCGUCUCCAAGACCUGGAGACGUAGACCUUCAAGGCAUAGAUCUUAUAGCCGUAUAUCAGCUGGAUGGGCCCAAUACCACAGGAGUGACUCAGGUCCGAGGGUCCCAGGAUAUGCAGAGGGCCUAUAGGCUCAGCGAUGGGGCUAAUUUGACUGUACCUUUAAGAAAUGUCUUCCCAUCCGGCCUCCCUGAGCAGUUCAGCGUGGUAGCCACCUUCAACGCCCGAAGCCAAAACAAGCCAUGGAUGGUUGUACGAGCGGCGAAAAGUCUACAGUUCUCGCUGACUUUACUGCCUCGUAUUGAGAAGUUAGCUGUGCUUGUAGAAGGAACUAGACUGAUCUUUGAUUGUGAGAAGUUGUUCAGACCAGGAUGGCAUAAGCUGCACGUAGCUGUCACCAAUGAUACGGUCCAUGUAGCCGUUGAUUGUGAGGAGCUGGUGCCACAAAACAUCACGAGCCACAACUUGAGGAAUGCCACCACACUGUCAAUCAUGGCGCACGAAAAUGGCACCCCGGCUGCAGUAGAUCUCCAGUGGUUGUCAAUGUACUGCAGCCGGUAUAAACUGGUCAAAGACAGCUGCGAAGAAAUUGAUGAACCUGCACCCAUAAUGUCCACCGCUUCUCCUCGAUUCUUUCAGUAUGAAGCCGGAGCUGACAGGAUAGAAUUUCCUGCUCUCAAUACCUGUAACCAAUCCUGCCCGCCGGGUCCAAUAGGUCCAGCUGGGCCACCGGGAGAACCGGGAAUCAGGGGCGUUACAGGCUUACCCGGUGUACGUGGCAUUGAGGGGCCUAUGGGUCCCCCUGGGUCCCCGGGGCCUCGAGGCGAGAGGGGCGAGCGGGGACCGCCGGGGGAAGUAACAACCGGAAGCGUAGGCGUGGCUGGCCCACCAGGAAAACCGGGAAAGUCGGGUCAAAGAGGAGAAAGAGGAGACACGGGACAGAAAGGUGAGCCGGGUGAAGCAGGCCUCACGGGCCUAGGCGGUCUUCCAGGGGAACCGGGCAGAGAUGGUAAACGAGGCCCGCCGGGGCCAGAGGGGCCACGUGGGUUCCCAGGGCUCUCUGGUCCUCCAGGUACCGCUGCGAAUAUCAACGCUUCAAUACUGCAAGGUGCUAAAGGUGAUAGAGGAGUCCCCGGUAGACGAGGUCAGGACGGGAGCCCAGGACCCGCCGGCGCCCCCGGGGCAAAUGGUGCUACGGGUUCACAAGGGCCACAGGGCCCUGCAGGUGUUCCGGGACCCCCAGGUGCGAUAGGCCCCCCGGGGCCUAGCGGGCCUCGUGGUGAACGAGGUCAAGAUGGAGCACAGGGUCGAGAAGGCCUCCGCGGCCUGCCAGGCCUACCAGGCCCACCGGGUUCCAACGCUGCCCUGGGUACCACUGUUCCUGGACCACCUGGACCACCAGGAACCUCUGGUCAGAAAGGUGAACAAGGCCUGCCAGGUGUACCAGGCACUCCAGGAAUAGAUGGCACACCGGGUACCCCAGGACAGAGAGGGCCACCUGGAAUUCCGGCACCACACAGUUUCAUAUCGCAAGCACCGACAAUAUCUGAAAGUGAAGUAAGAAAUAUUUGUGAAGACCUUAUAAGAGAUCGUCUUAAGGAAUGGACGCAAGGGCUAGCAGGUCCCCCUGGACCUCCGGGGGUGGGUAAGAGGGGACUACCUGGAAAACCUGGAAUUGCUGGUGCACCUGGCACCAGAGGUUCACCUGGAGAGACCGGGCCUCGCGGAUACCCCGGUGCGAUCGGUGACCCCGGCAGGCCGGGUGAGGCCGGGCCCCGUGGUGACAAGGGCGACAAAGGAGAGAGAGGGCCUGAGGGACGUGGUCUACCAGGUCAGGAGGGCCCGAGAGGAAUCGCAGGUCCUAUUGGCCCACCUGGUCUCGCUGGAAGAACAGGAGACAGAGGAGAGUCCGGAAGAGAAGGGGCUAUGGGUCCUCGAGGGGUGCCUGGACCGCGUGGCUCCUGCGAUUGCCCCACAGCCGCGUUUUACGCGUACCCCCAAGGACUGAACAAAGGACCAUAAACUCACAACACAGCUACGAGUAUGGACCAUAGACAACGUUACAUACGUCGCGCGAUAAGCCCCCUCCACACUACUGCGCGAAUCGCGACACGAGUGUGGAGGGGGCUGUAGAAGAACUACGAAUAUUGUAGCUCCAUCUAGACAAUUCAAGAACUUGCAUGCAAUAUUCGAUACACUGCUAACUACCAUGAAUUCAGUCGACCGACCAAAUAAAUACAGCAAUGUAACGAAAAUCACCUGCAAGUUAUUGAACUGUCUAAAUGGGGCUUCAGAAUUCUGAAAUAGUACCCCUUCAAGUAAGGAACUUAGGGAGCCUUUAAAACAGGGCUAUCUUUCAGAACAGAAUAAACGUCAAGUAUACAAUACAUUUUCAAGACUAGCAUUAUCACCCAUGUUUGCUAUGUGUCGACACUUAUGAUGGCGUGAACGUGUCAACGACUCGAUGACAAAAAACCGUUUCGUACCAUUGUAUUUUGUAUUGUACUGUAGCACGGGCAGGUUAUUCGCAACUGGCCGACUGGCGCCUAUUUUCAUAUCAUAUUCAAUACUAUUAAUAAGGUGUGUCCACAUCUGGCUAACACGCCGCGAAUGCUCGUUAACUGUGCGCGAAUUGCGCUAGUAAUUUGCGAUUGACAUUAACGACGCAUUCAUCAAAUAUGGACGGACUUUUACUCUUAAUAAUAUCAAUACAAUACUUAAUAUGCAAUAGUAUACUAAUACUUAAACUUACUUAGUAUACUAUUACUUAUCAUACUUAUUCUUAUGUGCCGUACUUGUAUGCAUUUUUCAAAUGACAUCAACUGAUCUCCAAUGUCAUCUUUUGUAAAUAAAUUAAGGUAAAUUACUUAAAAAAACUGAUGGGUUUAUGUAAGUUUAGUACCAUUUUAAGCUUGCAGUACGUCAAUUAACAAGAAGGGAGUACAUAUCAUUGUAUCGAAUCUUUUCCUAUUAAUGUUGUUAAGAACUCGCCUAAAUCAAUGAAUAUAAUAUAAAUUUAGAAUAGUAAAUAUUUAGGUACUUUUUUAAUACCAUGAACUUUGUAAUG